AUGAUAGAGGCGGACCACAAAAGCACAUUGACCCGGGGGUAUAUAUUGCCUGGCUUGCUGUCGGUGCCACAACCAUCACCUCUGUGGCUGUCUCGGCUCGUCUCCGGUGAUACAGACACGCGGCAGUCAGUGAGCGACAUGUGGGUCUCCCUGUAUGCAGUAGUAGUGUUGGGAGCAGCAGGCGUGCUGGUCGAAAGUCACAGAAAGGGCAAGGGAGGCAAACAUCAUGUAAUCUCGGCAUGGCGACCCCCAGUAAAACCAGUCACCACCACCCAAGAGUCCAGUACCAUACUAAACCCCACAACAGGACCAAUAUAUAGCACCAUUACGUCAGAUCGCCCCAUAUCGGAGUCCACCAGCAUUUUAGAGCCUCCAACCACACCAGAGCCCACCGCCAACACAUCACUAUACCCCAUAACCUCCUCUGUCCGACCCGUGGAUUGUGCAGACCACCUGAUAGCCGGGGCCACAGUUAGCGGCGUGUACGAGAUAUACCCCUUCAUGUGCACGUGUGGAAAGCCGGUGCUGGUGUGGUGCGACAUGGAGACAGACGGCGGCGGCUGGACGGUGUUUCUCAGCCGACAGCAACAGGAAGUCCUGCUUGACUUCAAUCGCACGUGGGACGAUUACAAAGCAGGCUUCGGCAGCCCUUACUCCGAGUACUACUUGGGCAAUAAUGUGCUGCACCACAUGACGCACAGCCGUGAUUACGCCAUCCGUCUGGACGUGGGCUUAGCGUCGGGAGGUUUCGACUUCGCCACCUACAAGAAAUUUAAAGUCAAUUCUGAGGACAACAGGUAUUCCGCCUCCUUGAAAGGCUUUCUGGCGGGAGGAACCAGCAUCAGAGACUGUCUCCGCUACAUGAAGGGCCGCUACUUCACCACACUCGACAAGGACCAUGACAGUUAUGAAGGUAACUGCGCAUCAGUAAGAGGUGGAGGAUGGUGGUACUAUAAUUGUAGGUACUUCAACCCCACAAGCACCUUCAACACGAGUCUCCAACUGACCUGCUAUGGCGCCUCUAGACCCGUGACGCAGCUCCAGCUCAAGCUACGGCCAGCCAUCUGUGACUACUCCUUCAAGACCAUCGACCUCAUGGACACGGGCUGUGGCUGUACUGCUCCGGAACACUAACACCUUCACACUUAACCUGCCCCACUACGUGACCAUCCGGAUAUUUCACGUUCUUGCUGCUCUUGAGUCUCGGAUCAGUAUUUUGAAGCGCACUGGGCUUGCAUCGGAAUUCACUGCAGUCUGUGGUCUGUGGUCAUUCGCAUACAGUGACCCUGUGUUUUAUUAUCAGUUGUACUACGUUAAGAUAUUUUCUUUGAAUCAUUACAUGUGGUGACCAAACUAUUCUAUGUUAUGUAUGUUCAUACACGUGUUUAGUACUGGAGAAUGAGCGUUACUUCGAUAUCUGAUGGACCAGGUUAAGUGUGGCUUUGAAUGAGUUCGCCAUAUCAGUUAAAAUAAUGUGUUGUUAAUUGCUUAGUGUAGGAUUUAAUAAUCUGCCUGGUUCUCUUUAUUUGAGUUGACCUUUGAGACUGGAAUAAGUUAUGAUUUGGAGUCAUUGGUUUUUUGCUUGCAUUUUUUUAGUUAGAAUAAUCAUCUACUGGUUGAUAAAUGCUUAUACAACUUUUAGAGCUGCCUUUAUGACAUAUCCCAUUUAGACUUAUGGCCUAAUCACUCAGUAAUUUGACUUGAGUAACGACAGUGAAGUAGUAGUACUUGAUGAGCAGAAAGACUUGCCAGCUCUAACGUAACUCAUAAAUAGUGAUAAGCUGGGUUACAACAUUGCGAUACCGAGUGAGCUCCCAGCCGCGGUGCCGGGAGCGACUAAAGACGACUUUCGGUGCGAGACUUACGUCAUGCUCCGGUCAGAUAGGAUUAUCCACAGGCCACCGUCCUUCCAAGCUUCCUAUAGGCAUCUCCUACCAUUUCAGUCUUACCUUUCCUCUUCCAUAUUUUCCGUA